ACCUCUGCAAUUACAACACAAGUGUUUACAGAUCUGGUUCCUGGUAGAAGUUACCAGGCAUCUGUAACAUCGCGCAGUGGCAAUGGCUCCCAACCAUCAGCCAUCGUCAAUGCAAGGACCUUACCUCCAAAAGUCAUAGUCAGCAUCACCAUCAACGGCAACAUCGUCUUUCCAGUCCUGACGGUCUCAUGGGUAGCGCCGACUUCAGAUGUUGACAACUACAUGGUCUACUUAAAUGGAACCGAAACAAAUUACAAUCAUGCAUUUAUUCAUUACCUCACCGUGCCACCUACCUCCACAAAUUUUACUGGUCUGGUUCAAGGCAUGAAUUACUAUGCAUCCGUUAUUGCUCACAGCGGUAACAACUCCCAAGAGUCAGAUAUAGUCUCAGUCAGAACCUAUCCAGCUCCUGUCCAUGAAUUUCAAUGCUUCCAGAAUUCCUCGGAGAAUAUUUACUGCAAUUGGUCUCUCCCCAUCGGUGUAAUUACUGAUCUUUUUUUGCGGGUGUUUGAGGGCUCUAGUCCGUUGCAAAACAUCAGCAUUUCAAAUGAGAACCUCUACUUUAUAAUCAGAUAUCCUUGGGGCGAUCAAUUUAGUGGCUUACAAUCGAGCACAACAACCAAUACAACGUUCACCACAAUUGAACGACUGAAGCCGAACACUAUUUACACGGUCAUCAUCGUGGCCAUUGCCGGAUCUCUGCAAAGUCAAACCAUUGAAAGCACCGCAAAGACUUUCGUGACCGCUCCGCCUGCCAUUUUGGAGCCAGUGAAAAUCGACUCGGUGCCGAAUGCGGUGACCCCGAGCAGCCUGACCUUGACCUUCAACUGCAGCUGGUUCGCCACCACCAACGGCGACCUCAAGUACUACACGGUCAUCGUCAAGGAAUCCGCGGAGACGACCACCGAAAAGCCCGAGAAUAAAUGGCCGCUGAGCAAGUAUUCGGACUACAAGAGCGGCACAACGGCGGUGUACCAGGUGGACGACCGCGUCUACCCCGCCGAGUGCAAAAGCCCGAGCUCCAUCUUGCCGGUCACAGUCGGCACCGGCGCCACUAACGGCGGCUUCGACGACGGUGCCCUGAAGUCGAACACGAAGUACAGGUUCAGUUUCCGUGCGUACACGUACAUCCCAGGCACACGCUCCGUCCGCGCUGGAAAACAAGCCCUGUUUGCGGAAACUUUCUUCUCUCUGCCGAUCUCCACCUUGGUCGCCUCCCCAGAUUCUGGAGUGUUGGCAGGCACAGCGAUUGGCGCGAUGCUGGGCGGAGUGGUGCUAACCGCUGCGGGCUUCUUCCUCUACAAGAAGCUGAAAUAGCUGUACGUUUGGGGCAUGAAGGGGGACGGGGGGAUGCAACACACAUGCACACACAAAGACAAAUAUCUCCUGUGUAGCCUUAACAGGCUGUGGGGGAAAGUGCCGUUAGUAGUAGCAGGUAGCAGCAGCACCCAAGAAUGCCGGCAAGGCACACGUGGGGGGUGGGUGACCAGCACCACGGCCAGACCGCCUUUGUCUCCCCAGUGGCGAUGUUUACACACCACACCAGCUACUCAUUUGAGGCUAAGUCGACCUAGGGGUAGGAGGCCCAGGACCAGU